GAGAGAGAGACAGACAGACAGACGGAGGGAGAGUGAGAGCUGCAAGCUCCCCGCCCCUGAGACCCCUGGGCCAGCCCACGGAAGGCUCCGCAGCAUGUGGGAACUCCGGUCCAUAGCCUUCUCCAGGGCAGUGCUCGCAGAGUUCCUGGCCACACUCCUCUUUGUCUUCUUUGGCCUCGGCUCAGCCCUCAACUGGCCACAGGCCUUGCCCUCUGUGCUGCAGAUCGCCAUGGCCUUCGGCCUGGCUAUCGGCACCCUGGUGCAGGCUCUGGGCCACGUCAGCGGGGCCCACAUCAACCCUGCUGUGACUGUGGCCUGCCUGGUGGGCUGCCACGUCUCCUUUCUCCGUGCUGUCUUCUACGUGGCUGCCCAGCUGCUGGGGGCUGUGGCCGGGGCCGCCCUGCUCCAUGAGAUCACACCACCAGAUAUCCGAGGGGACCUGGCUGUCAAUGCUCUCAGCAACAACUCGACAGCUGGCCAGGCGGUUACUGUGGAGCUUUUCCUGACACUGCAGCUCGUGCUCUGCAUCUUCGCCUCCACCGAUGAGCGCCGUGGAGACAACGUGGGCACCCCUGCCCUCUCCAUCGGGUUCUCUGUGGCCCUGGGCCACCUCCUUGGGAUCCACUACACUGGCUGCUCCAUGAAUCCUGCCCGCUCCCUGGCUCCAGCUAUCAUCACCGGCAAGUUUGAUGACCACUGGGUCUUCUGGAUCGGACCCUUGGUCGGCGCCAUCGUGGCCUCGCUUCUCUACAAUUACGUGCUGUUCCCGCCCGCCAAGAGCCUGUCGGAGCGCCUGGCGGUGCUGAAGGGGCUGGAGCCCGACGCCGACUGGGAGGAGCGCGAAGUGCGGCGGCGGCAAUCGGUGGAGCUGCACUCCCCGCAGAGCCUCCCGCGCGGCAGCAAGGCCUGAGCGCCCGGACGGGCUGGGGGAGCUCGCCCGCCCGCCCGCCAGCCCGCCGGAGCCCCUCUCCCCAGGCUCGAAGCCGGCCCCCAGGGCACAGUAGCUGCUUCCAAGACGCGCCGAGCGGCCAGGGCCCCGGGCACCGCGGUGAGCCUGGCAGAUUCCCCUGGCUUGAGGCUGCGGGGCAGCAAGUAGUGGACCCUGCGGCGCCUGGCAGGGAGCUGGGGACAACGGCGCUGAGCUGGGAAGGAAGGGCGUAGCUAGAAGCCUCCUCCGAGAGCCUGCGCAAGUGUACUGGGGGGCUGGGGGACGGCAGCUGGAAAAGGUGCCCGAGGAUUUUUUGCGUGUUCGUCCCCCAGUGCCUUUCUGUCCCCAAGUGCAGGGCUGUGCACACUCCUGAGUGUAAGCAGGUGUGCCUGCGCUGGCGCAAGUGUGCCCUGGCUAAUCACCUCUCACUCCCUUCUUGACCCCUCCCUCCCCACCUGCAAUAAAUCCGCGUCCUCUGCA